AUGCCGGUCGGUGAGGCUACGAUCACUCUUGAGAACGUUGCCACACUGAGCGGUCUACCGAUCGACAGUGAGGGCGUCAUAGUAGACAUACCAGAUCGGGAGUGGUCGGAGACGUGUGUCAGACUGUUAGGACAUACUCCUAGCGAUCUAAGAGGGGGUGUCGUUAGGAUUAGUUGGCUUAGGGAACAUUUCAACAAUAUGCCGCCAAAUGCAUCAUCAGAGAUUACAGAGCAGUUUGCACGAGCGUAUGCCCUAUCUUUGAUGGGGUGUAUGUUGUUCCCUGAUCGGACUAGAGCUACAGUUCAUCUGCAGUAUCUACUCUUAUUGGAGAAUUGGCGGAUCGCUGGAGGCUACGCUUGGGGAGCAGCUGUUCUAGCCUACCUGUACAGUGAGAUGGGUAGGUCGGUUCUGCAUAUGACGCAGUCCUCUUCCAACGUCUCGACAUCCAAACCGCACCAUCCAAGGACAAUUGUCAUCCUUAUGCUUCAAGCAUCUAACCUUCCAGAUUGA